AUGCUCCGCCUUCUUCAGUAUACCCUUGGACCCCGCCAGCCAAUUCCUUUUUGCAUUUACCUGGGGACCCAGCCAACUAACUUGGACCAGGCUGCCCCAAGGCUACGUAGAAUCACCCGCGAUCUUUUCCGUGAUAUUACAUCAAGACCUACAAGACGUAUGCCUGCCUGCUAACUCCGCCCUCCUUCUCUACGUAGAUGAUAUUUUAUUGUGUUCUACUAGUGAGGAGGCAUGCAAAUUAGAUACUAAAUAUCUCCUUUCAGAGCUAGCCCGGAAAGGACACAAGGUGUCCCCUAAGAAGUUACAAUAUUGUAAGCAAGAAGUAAAGUACCUCGGGCACAUCCUAGGAGUGGGUACCCGAAGCCUAGCCACCGAUAGAAUCGAGGCUGUCACCAGAAUUCCCCUCCCCAAGACUAAGCGGCAAUUACGUGGCUUCCUUGGUAUGGCAGGCUUCUGCCGAGCAUGGAUUGCCGGCUAUAGCGAAAUAACGAAGCCUUUAACCGCUAUGACCCGCCAAGACCACCCAGAUACUCUGGUCUGGGAGGAGGAAGCUUAUAAAUCCUUUGAACGCUUAAAAAGAGAAUUAAGAUCCGCUCCUGCUUUAGGACUGCCAGACUACCGGAUUCCUUUUAACCUGUUCAUCCAUGAACAAAUGGGAGUCGCCUCAGGGGUCCUAACCCAACCCUUCCGAGAUCAGGAAAGACCAGUAGCCUAUUACAGCCUACAACUAGACAACACCGCAAAGGGAGCAGUGAGUUGUUUAAGAGCUAUUGCCGCCGCUGCGAUCCUCCUUGAGAAAGCUCAGGAAACAGUCUUGGGACAUGAAAUUACCAUCCAUGUCCCCCACUUGGUCUCCACCCUCUUAACCUUGAGAGGCUGUCAUCACUUCUCAAACUCUCGCCUAAACCGAUACGAAGCCCUUCUAUUAACCCCAUCUAACGUCACCAUCAAACGCGUCAAUUCCCUGAAUCCGGCUACCCUAUUACCCCUUCCUGAUGAUGGCACCCCACACCACGACUGCGCUACCAUAGUCCGCCAAGCUGAGAAACCACGGGAGGAUCUAGACCACCUUCCCUUAGAAAACCCCGACCUCAUACUGUACACUGAUGGCAGCUCAAAGGUCAUCGAAGGGGAACGGAAGACAGGGUACGCAGUCGUCUCUGACUUUGAAGUUCUGGAAUCUAACCCAAUUAACCCGCAGUAUAGCGCCCAAGCCGCUGAAUUAAUUGCACUCAUACGUGCUUGUGAAAUUGGCGAAGGGAAGAGAACCACUAUUUACACGGACAGUAAAUACUGCUUCGGGCUCGUACACACAACUGGUCAAAUUUGGCUCCAAAGGGGCUUCUUAACUGCAGCCGGCUCCCAAAUUUCACAUGCCGCCCUAGUGGAGAGACUCCUUACAGCCAUUCACUUACCGAGCGCAAUAGCAGUAGUCCACUGUAGAGCACACACCAAAGGGAGGGACCCGGUCUCAAAGGGAAACAGACGGGCUGAUAAAGCUGCCCAAAUGGCUGCCCUUCGCCUCCCAAAUAAUGAGUCCGAAUUCCAAGCCUUACAAUUACCUACAGACAUAGACUCAACACAAAUAUAUGAUUCAGCCCCAGAGGAGGAGAAAUCAAAAUGGGAAUCCGUGGGCGCAACUGAACAGAAUGGUAUUUGGACCCUCCCCGAUGGCAGGACCGUCCUUCCGAGAGCCUGGGUUCCAAAAUUAGUGAGAAUCCUCCACCAACAGACUCACUGGGGAAAAUGGAGAUUAAUAGAACACGUUACGAGGUCCUGGUACGCCCCAGGGAUAGCCACCGCAGCUACAGCAGCCUCCAAGAACUGCAUUACCUGUCAUCACUUCAACCCCAAACGUGAGCCCAAAAGGAAACCACCAGGAGCUAGACCAUGGGCCUUUGUCCCCUUUGAGAGUUUACAGCUGGACUUUAUCGACUUACCCCAAUGCCAAGGCUUCAAGCAUGCCCUGAUUAUAAUAGAUCAAUUCUCCUCUUGGGUGGAGGGAUUCCCCUGUCGAAAGGCCACCGCAUCGGUAGUUGCUAGGGCCCUCCUUCAAGACAUCAUUCCUCGAUACGGGAUACCCCGCCGCCUAGACAGUGACAGGGGAACCCACUUCACUGCUGAAGUAGUACAAUUAGUGGCCAAGGCCCUCCAAAUAAAGUGGGACCUUCAUACACCGUACCACCCACAGUCCUCUGGUCAAGUAGAACGUAUGAACCAAGAGAUAAAAAUACAACUGGGAAAACUCUGUAGACUCUCGGGGCUGAAAUGGGUAAAUGCGCUCCCACUGGUCCUUCAUAAUAUACGAAGUGCCCCAACCGGACCUUUGAAACUUUCCCCAUUCGAACUUCUAUUCGGGAGAUCCCCUCCCGUAUACAACACCUUGUUUCCUCUCUCAGAACUGGAGGUGGGGGAGGCGGAACUCACUAACUAUAUUAUUCAGCUUCAGACACAGCUACUACGCCUCCACCAGUACGCGGCUAUCGAGGGACAAAACCUGCCUAUCAACGUCCAAGCCCACUCUUUCCAUCCCGGCGACUAG